AUGACUGACGGCAACAUGUUGCAGCCUUCCAAUCUGCCCACGGCCUGGGUCCCUGUGGACGGCUCCAGAUUUCCCGUCUCGUCCAAAACUGCACGCUGUGUUUGUCGGGUUGGAGCAUCGGCCGCGGCCACGCCGCCUGUGGGUACGGCUGGAAGACGGACGUCUGCGACCGCUGUUCCAGGUGGCAGUGGGCUUGUCACAAACGUCCCGGCUUGCGUGCGUCGUCAGUCGUCAGUCGCCAGUCCAAGGCAGCUAUCCGUGGGUGGCACAAAGUUUGGACUCUGCCCGUCCGCUGCGACGUUCCGCCAUCUGGGUCGCAACUUCUUGCAUGGCGGGAGGCGACUUUUGCCAUGUGUCGCUCAGGCAGAUGUUGAACUUCCGAAGCAGGGCAGCCGGACUCCCAUCACGAUCCGCGACAAGCCGGCCGGCGCGCCACAUGUCGCUGUCCGGCGGUGA